GCCAGGCGUAAGGGUGGCAUUUACGUAUCUUGCCCGUAUGAUGUGCCCACACUGAGGGCUGGCACUCCUGCAUUCCUGCUGAGCAUCUGGCACCCGGGUGGCACCAUGAACAUUGAUGUGGAGUUUCACAUUCGGCAAAAUUACCCGUGGGCCAAGUUGCCUGCCAACGUGAGACAGAGCCUGGGAAACUCCCCCAAGGAAUAUGAAAAGCAUGUCAUACUGUACAGUAUCCGAAAUCAGCUGAGGUACAGGGUUAAUUUGGUGAAGCACGUGAAGAAGGAUGAGCGCAAGUACUAUGAGGAGCUACUGAAAUACAGCAGGGAUCAUCUCAUGCUCUACCCAUAUCACCUUUCUGACAUCAUGGUAAAGGGCCUCCGAAUAACACCCUUUUCCUACUACAUAGGAAUAAUGGAAGAUAUAAUGAACAGCGAAAAAAGCUACGAUUCUCUGCCGAAUUUUACAGCUGCUGAUUGCCUGAGACUUCUUGGCAUAGGAAGGAAUCAGUAUAUUGACUUGAUGAACCAAUGCCGAUCAUCUAAGAAAUUCUUCAGAAGAAAAACUGCCCGGGACCUCCUCCCAGUGAAGCCAGUGGAGAUAUCCAUAGAACCUUGGUGGGUGGUACAGGCCGGUUACAUUACUGAAGAUGACAUCAAGAUUUGUAGCACAACGGAGAAGAGAGCCAUUGAUAAGAUAAUCGAUUCAGGACCUCAGCUUGCAGGAUCUCUGGAUUACAAUACAGUUCAUAGCCUUUACAAUAAAGGAUUUAUUUAUCUUGAUGUACCAAUCUCAGAUGACAGCUGCAUAGCCGUGCCCCCCCUUGAAGGUUUCGUGAUGAACCGGCUGCAAGGAGAUUACUUUGAAACCCUCCUCUACAAGAUUUUCGUUUCAAUCGAUGAACAUACGAAUGUAGCAGAACUUGCAAAUGUUUUGGAGAUUGAUCUGUCGUUAGUGAAGAAUGCCGUCUCUAUGUACUGCCGCCUGGGAUUUGCCCUUAAGAAAGGACAGGUCAUAAACCCAGAUCAACUUCAUCCAUCCUGGAGGAACGUACCGUCUGUAAAUAGACUCAAAAGUACACUGGACCCGCAGAAAAUGCUCCUUUCCUGGGAAAGUGCAGAAAACAAGAGUCCCAUACAGGACCUGGCAUCUUCUGCGACAGACACUGAUACCAACAGCCAAGAAGACCAAGCAGACACAUCCAGUGUUAGCAGCCUGACGUUAUCCAGUGGGCACACCAAGCGCAUUGCUUUCCUGUUUGAUUCUACCCUCACUGCCUUUUUGAUGAUGGGAAACCUUUCCCCGAACCUGAAGAGCCAUGCAGUUACCAUGUUUGAAGUUGGCAAACUGUCAGAUGAGUCUCUGGACAGCUUCCUUGUUGAGCUGGAAAAGGUUCAGAGCACAGGGGAAGGGGAAGCCCAGAGGUACUUUGAUCAUGCACUUACUCUGAGAAACACUAUCCUCUUCCUACGACAUAACAAGGAUCUUGUGGCACAACCUGAGCAAGUGAACACAGGUUUACCUCUGGAUCUCCUGCGAUGUGAAAGUCUUUUGGGGUUGGAUCCUGCCACAUGCAGCAGAGUCCUAAACAAGAACUAUGCACUCCUGGUUUCCAUGGCACCUCUAACAAAUGAGAUCCGGCCAAUCAGCAGCUGCACCCCACAGCAUAUUGGACCUGCCAUUCCCGAAAUUAGCUCCAUAUGGUUUAAACUCUAUAUUUAUCAUGUAUGUGGCCAAGGACCACCGUCACUUUUGCUGUCGAAAGGAACAAGGCUCAGGAAGCUGCCAGAUCCCUUUCAGAUGUAUGACAGGUUGCUGAUAACCUCGUGGGGGCAUGAUCCAGGUGUAGUGCCUACGUCUAACGUAUUGGUCAUGCUGAAUGAUGCUUUGACUCACUCUGCAGUUCUCAUUCAGGGGCACGGGCUUCAUGGCAUGGGAGAAACCGCACAUGUACCCUUCCCAUUUGAUGAAGAAGAACUGCAAGGAGAAUUCUCCAGUGUUAACAUGGGAGUACACAAAGCCUUUAAAAUACUAAGGGACAAGCUGGAUUUGGAGCAUUUCUGCGGCUACAUUACAAUGCUGAACCCUUCCAGGCUCCAUGUGAGCCAGAGGAGACUGAGCGACGCUUCCGAUGGGAAAGUUGACCCAGAUGACCCAUCUCUAGCCUUCCGGCCAGAUGUCAACAGUAGCACGGAGUCCUUUGAGCUAGUGAGCGAGGAGACUGCAACAGAUUCAGGACUGAAAGCACACGAAGUAUCAACGGUUGAAAAAGAUUGGGUGCCCCUGGAACUCUGCUAUGGAAUCCCCUUGUUUGCUUCUGAACUGAAUCAGAUGGUUUGCAGGAAGAUUGCUGCACACGGGCUCUGUGGCAAGGAGAGCCUUCAAAACCUUCUCCAUUCCAGUCGGAAACUUUCCCUACAAGUUCUCAAUUUCGUUCAGUCAUUCCAGGAAGGCAACUCUUCAUUUGACCAGCUGCUGGAGUCGGGCAGCAGCAGUCUGUCUUCUCAGCCUUCCCCGGCGGACCUUGGAGUUCCACUUCCAUCCAAGAACUUGAUAUUCCACGACGGCAUACUAUCGGAGUGGAACGGACGCGGCCCUCUACCUUUGCACAAUGUACAUAUACCCAGUGGGCAAACCUAGCUGUGAAUAUAGUGCUUCGUCCAACUCGCUCUACGUUGAUGUUAGUAUUUAUUGCUGCAUUGUAGGUUACGUUCUGACCUCCUGGGCUCAGGAACCUGCCCAAGUGGCUAACGGCGUGAUUGUAGAACUUUGUGGCCUGCACUUAGGUGUCCCCGUAGUUUAAACACACGCUGUGGAUUUCAUUUACAUUCCUAGGUCUCCUUUUUGUAGUUUUCUUGAGCUGGAUCAUAUAUCAUUGUACGAUAUACCUAACGGAUCAAGCUGCUCUGUUAAGUGCCGCGGUGAGAACCACUGGUAGGGGCAAAUGUUUUUUUAACGUUCCGUCAUAGUCAAUUCCAAAGAGCAGGCCAGUUAUCCUAAUUGAUUGAGUAGAACCUCACGAGAUGGUUAAGGCUACUGGUUAGGCAUUGAAUAUAUCUAUUUACAAAAUGGUGUUGGAGAAGUCAGCAUUGAGUAUUUGUCGGAGGAAUCACCAUGGAGUAUUUGUUGGAGGAAUCACUAUGGAGUAUUUAAUAGACCCCUAAGGGCAUUGUGCUAGUUAUAUUAAUAUAGUCAAUAAAGCAGAAUACUCAGAACCAUAGUUACUAUGCAUAUUACAUCACAAUAGAACCACAUUUUCUAACGAAUGCCAAUUAAUUCUGUUAUUCUUUAAUUAGCUUGCAGCUCAGUGCCUUUGCUCUUAAUUACUUUGUAAUUCCUUAACAUUUUAGGCACUCAGUCCCAUAAUGAAUUCAUAUUCCUUUUCUGAGCCAGGGGAAAAAAAAUUGAUUUUGAUUGGUUGCAGCAACCUGCGGUUCAGUUUUCAUUUAGCUUUUAAGAUUUUUCUAACACCAUUUGAUUUGAUACAUAUCAUACAGCACUGUAGCCGUUGCUAUCAGCAGCUCUAUGUAUUCCCUACGUAUUCAUGAUAUAAGGGCUUAGGCGCAUGGGAGCAUUCCUUAUGGGCAGCCAUAUUUGUGCCACUUAUGACUGUGAGUCCACGCAGUUAUUGCACAGGAGCACAUUGGUUGUUUUUGUUCAACAUCAAUGUUUUUUGGCAAAAAUCCUGCCUUUGGGUGAUAAGAAUAGGGGGACAGUGAUCGGGGCCCUGCAGAGCUGUAGGUAGAAAGAAAGGAACAGAAUGGAGAUGAUAACACUAUAUCAGUCUAGCUCAACCUGUAGCCCUUGUUGCUGAAUUACAACUCCCACUACACAUGAAAGUGCUACGACCACAGGUCAGACGUGGCCAGGUCAACUCAAACCUGCCCUUAGCUUUUGCUGCGUUGAUAAAUGGAAGUGUUACGGUCGGAACGGCUACUUUCUAAUUCAGUGUUGCUGAGAAAUCAGCAUUCUCAUAAUGACAAUGUACUGCAGAAUAAUUGUAAAUGCGUGGAAUCAUCUUCCGACGGGCAUGUGAGAUGUUGUAUGUGACCGCCAUGGCAUGGAAACGCGACGGUGCAUCACUUUGAUGUUUCAUUUUUGUUAUUAGACAUGGAAAGGAUGGCAUUAUAUGUGUCUAUAAAGGUGUCUGUUUCUCU